UCUUUCUUCGGACCCAAAAAAAGAAAGAAGAAAGAACUCCACCUUUUUUUUUUGUCGAAGAAAGAACUCCACCUUUGACAGACACAAUGCCCUUCUUCCUCCUAAAAUCAUAAGAAAAUAAAAAAGCUUCCUCAGCUCCAUUUGUAGGCACAUCAGUGGAGAGUGGGUUUCAUCUAAGGACCAUGAAGAAAUAGGUGUGGCAGAUAACUGUUCCUGUUUGAGUGCCCAGCUCAUUGCUGUUGGUGGUCUUAUGUAAGUACACCUGGCAGGACUUUGGAGCCAAGCUGCAAGAGACUAAUAAGCCUUCAUUAGAUUGCUUAAUUCCAGGGCUUGCAGAUACAGAGACAAAGAAGAAGAAGGGGAACCAGAACCAGAAUCAGACCGUUGCAGUGAUAACCAUACUGGUUGCUCUUAAGAUCACCAUUGAGUUUAGAACGAGGAGUUUGUGUCAGUUUCAGGAGAAGACGAUGAAAGUCAACAUCUUGCAGUGGCAUGCUGUUGCUUCAUGGACAUGGGAUGCACAAGAUGAAACAUGUGGGAUUUGCAGGAUGGCAUUUGAUGGUUGUUGUCCUGAUUGUAAACUCCCUGGGGAUGAUUGCCCACUAAUUUGGGGUGCAUGCAACCAUGCGUUCCAUCUUCAUUGCAUCUUAAAAUGGGUAAAUUCACAGACUUCUCAGGCACAUUGCCCCAUGUGCCGCAGGGAGUGGCAAUUCAAAGGGUGAGAGAAAAACUGGAAUCACUUUUAGGGUUUUCCUGCUUGCUUUCUCUUUCUUCAAGUGCAGGGGUUGCCAAUGCAGGCUUGCAGUUGUUUGAUUAUAUCCUGGUUGCCUUUGUAUUUGUUUUGUAUUGGUUGAUGUAAACAGUAGCUACAAUAAUUUAUUAUAUUCCGUCCAAAACACAUUUAGCAAACCAUCUCAAUUAGAUCAUUUACUAUGCACAAUUUAGAAUCCCAAUCACCAAGGCUUUUAAUGA